UGACAACUAAGCCCAUUCCUCAUCUGAAGGAACCCUCUUUCCAGUUUGUACUUGUGACCAAGGUGCACUGGAGAACGGACAAGCAUCGAUUGGGAUUUAAUUCACUGAAGACCUCACCAAACUGAAAUAUAGAAACUAUACUCAAUUAUUUGUGUGAACACAUCUCAAGAGGCACAACAUGUGGAAGAGGAUUGCAAUACUAUCAGUAUGUCUAAACAUCAUUUCAGCAUCAUUUGAUUACAUGUAUGAUGACGUCUCUUUUCUAGACCCUGAAGAAGUACUAAGUGUUAGCAUUCCUCUGGAGGGUCCCCAGCACUCUUUAUUGGGAGGAUCCUUGAUUCUACCAUGCUACUUCCAGGAUCUCACCGUCAACGACCCAGGAGCACCUACCAUUACACCUCUCUCCCAUCGCAUCAAAUGGAGCCGUGUGACCAAGGAGAAAACCACCACGGUGCUCGUAGCGAUGGAGGGAAGAGUGCGCGUCGACAUCAACUACCUGGACAGGGUUCAGAUGGUGGGCUACCCCUCAACGCCCAGCGACGCCAGCAUCAAGAUGUCCGAGCUGCGCUCCAACGACACGGGGAUCUACCGCUGCGAGGUUCAGCAAGGCAUCGAGGACCACCAUGACACUGUACACGUUCAGGUCCAAGGAAUCGUUUUCCACUAUCGUGCCAUAACUACUCGCUACAGUUUAACUUUUGAAAAAGCCAAGGCUGCCUGCAUCCAGAAUAGUGCAGUCAUUGCUACCCCAGAACAGCUACAGGCUGCUUAUGAUGAUGGAUUCCACCAAUGUGAUGCUGGCUGGCUCUCUGAUCAAACUGUCAGGUACCCCAUUCAUGAUCCGCGAGAGAAAUGCUAUGGUGAUAAAGAUGACCUUCCUGGGGUCAGGACCUAUGGAGUGAGAGAAGUCAACGAGACUUAUGACGUCUACUGUUUCGCUGAGAAGAUGACAGGCAGAGUUUUCUACAGCGGUUCUCCGGCUAAGUUCACCCAUGCCCAGGCUGUGGAUCAGUGCUCUCAGCAGGGGGCUCAGCUGGCCACUACGGGGCAGCUUUACCUGGCUUGGCAGGGAGGCAUGGAUGUCUGUAACGCCGGCUGGCUGGCCGACAUGAGCGUCCGUUACCCCAUCAAUGUCCGGAGGCCGCAAUGCGGAGGGGGUCUGCUGGGGGUACGCACUGUCUACCUGCAUGCCAACCAAACAGGGUACCCCCUUCUGGAGACCCGCUACGACGCCAUCUGCUACACAGAGUCCCCAGACGAAGAAAGCUCAGGCAUGGAAUCCUUUACAGAAGUGGACAGCAGCAUUCUGAGUGUUGCCACGGUAAACAUGACCCCCCUGGUUCUGUUUGGCGCCACAAAGGGAAGCGAAGCGGUCGGUGAGGUGGUGACUCAGCAGCCGCCCACCUUUGACUACACGCAGAGCCCGACCGAGUCGUCCCUGACCCAGCCGCCCGACGUCAAAGAGGACAUCCACAAGGUUAUAGAGAAGGUCACGACCAGGACUCACAUCAACAGGGAGCCGGGCAAAGGCUUUGUGAUGCCGUCGACCGGCCUGGUGUUCCAUUACCGUUCAGGCGCUGGUCGCUAUGCGUUUUCAUUCGUGGAGGCACAGCUGGCGUGCCAGAGUAUCGGGGCAUCCAUUGCCACCGCAGAUCAACUUCAGGCCGAAUACAGGGCUGGAUAUCACCAGUGUGACGCAGGCUGGUUACUGGAUCAGACAGUCAGGUACCCCAUUGUGUCUCCUCGUGAUAAGUGCGCAGGAGACCUGAUGGAGCAGCCCGGGGUCAGGUCCUACGGCUUGAGACCCGCAGACGAGCGCUAUGAUGUGUAUUGCUACGUUGAUGGGCUCAAAGGUGAGGUGUUCCACGUCAGUUCCGCUGAAGGUUUCACGUAUGAUGAGGCGCUCUCUCGCUGUCAGGAGGAGAAUGCCACCCUGGCCUCCACAGGAGAGCUGUACGCCACAUGGAAAAUGGGCUUUGAUAAGUGUCGUGCGGGCUGGCUCCUUGACCGCAGUGUUCGUUACCCCAUCAACAACCCCCGGGCGCAAUGUGGGGCAGGGAAGUCAGGAGUGCACACAGUUUAUACUCACUCCAACCAGACUGGAUACCCUGACCCUUACGCCAAAUAUGAUGCCUAUUGUUUCAAGGUGGAUAUUUUGCUCAUCGCAAAUGAAACUGGAUUGAACAUCACAGAGAUCCAAGAAGCUUUGUUAAACCUUACAUCAAUCAAUGAUUUGCUCAAGAUUGCAUCUCCUUCCAUUGCCCUGCCCAUCCCUGUGGAGCCUUCAGGUUCUGGAUCAGGCUCAGCGGAUUAUGGGUCUGGUCUGGGUGUCAGCAUGGCCUCUGGUGAUCACUCUGGAGACCUAUCAGCAUCUGGAUCUGGGACAGGGCCCGGCUCUGGUGACACAUCUGGUUCCGGGGAUGAUUCAGGAUCUGGUGUUAUGCCUGGGUCUGGUGACCCGUCUGGUUCCGGGGAACAGUCAGGAUCUGGUGCUAUGCCCGGGUCUGGUGACCCAACUGGAUCAGGAGACCCGUCUGGUUCCGAGGUCCUAUCUGGUCCGGGAGACAUGUCUGGUUCUUGGGUCCUAUCUGGUUCCGGGGACUUGUCUGGUUCUGGGGUCCUAUCUGGUUCUGGAGAACUGUCUGGAUCCGGUGCCAUGCCUGGUUCUGGUGAAUUAUCAAGUUCUGGAGACAUGUCUGGUUCUGGAGACCUGUCUGGUUCUGGAGACCUAUCUGGUUCUAAGGUCUUAUCUGGAUCCGGAGACCACAUUACUUCAGGAGACAUGUCUGGUUCUGGAGACCUGUCUGGUUCUGGAGACCUAUAUGGUUCUAAGGUCUUAUCUGGAUCCGGAGACCACAUUACUUCAGGAGACAUGUCUGGAUCUGGACAGCAGUCUGGCAGUGGAAGCGCUGAACUUCCUAGUGGAGGAUCUGGAUUGAGCGGCGACAACCUUUCUGGAUCCGAGGGCAGUGGAUUGGCAUCAGUCAUCAAAGUAAUUUUCUCAGGUAGUGGUAGUUUUCUGUCUGGAGAAGGCUCUGCUUCAGGAGGACCUCAAGAGGCAGGAAAGGGAAGCACAGAGAUCAUUACGUACCUUCCUGACAGCAGCUCUGGGAUGUUUAGUGGCAGUAGGGAGCAGGCAGGAUCCGGUUGUAGCUCUGGUGAGAGUGGCUCUCCCUCCUCAGACAUAUCUGGAAGUGGAACAUCUUGCGGCACGUCUGAUCCUGGCUCAGCCCAAGAGCUUUCUGGGUUCAGUGGGUUCCCAUUAGCAUUCUCAGCCUCAGGAAGUGCCAGCGGAUCAUCAGGAGAGGAAUCAGGCAAUAGAGAGGUUCGCAUCCUACUGGUAGAUGGUGAACUGGUUGACGUUUCCACCUCAGUCGAUAAGGAGUUUGAGCUGGGGGGAGGUCUGCUUGAGUUCAGUGGUUCUGGAGGCAUUUCAGGAUCAGGCAUGCCAAGUGGUCUGAGUAGUUCAGGCUCUGGAGAGGGCUCUGGGUUCUUCUCGGGUGUGACCUUUGAUGGAUCAGGGUUAACUGACCUCACAGAGUCAUCCUCUGGAGAAGGGGAGGCUUCUGGGGUUUUAUUAUAUGGUUCUGGACAAGAGAGUAGUGGAGACCUGUCUGGAUUUGGACCCUCUGGUUCCGGGUCAGGCUCAGGGAUUGGCUCUGGAAUCUCUGGAUAUGGUAUCUCUGGAUCUGGAAUCUCUGGAUCUGGAAUCUCUGGAUAUGGUAUCUCUGGAUCUGGAAUCUCUGGAUCUGGAAUCUCUGGAUCUGAGUCGUCUACUAGCGAAGAAGAGGGCAGUGUAACAUUCUUAUAUGGAAAUGAGAUGACAGAGCAGUCCACCACAGCCACUCAAUUCCUUGAGCUCGGACUAGGGUCAGCGGAGUAUAGUGGAGACGGAAGCACCGGCAGAAGCUUCUUCUCCGGUAGUGGGAAUAGUAGGAGUGGGAACGUCAUCUCACCCACAACCAGUGGUGGCUCAUCGGGGGAUACCUCUGGAAAACCCCUGGUUAUACCCACUACAUCUGCUGACAGGGAGCUCACAGAAAGCACAGCAGAGCCAGAAGUGGGGAACACGCUCAAGGUAGAGACUGCAGAAGAUUUGUAUGGGAGCAUUAGACCUGACAUUGCACCAGCCGCACUGGCUGUCAAUGUCACCCAACCCCCGGCCACCACCCUUCAGGCACCGAGCGUCACUGAAGGAGUAAAUGAAGUAGAUGUGUGCCAUUCCAACCCCUGUGCCAACGGAGCCACCUGUGUGGAAAGUGCCGACUCUUACAAAUGCUUAUGCCUGCCCAGUUAUGGAGGGGAUCGCUGUGAGAUUGAUGAACAAAAGUGCGAAGAGGGCUGGACUAAAUUCCAGGGCAACUGCUACCUGCACUUCUUUGCAAGAGAGACGUGGUUGGAUGCAGAGCAGCACUGCAGGGACAUUGAUUCUCAUCUGGUCAGCAUUAUCACCCCCGAGGAGCAAGACUUUGUCAACUCAAACGCACAGGACUACCAGUGGAUUGGGCUGAAUGAUAAAACAGUGGAGAACGACUUCCGCUGGACGGAUGGCACCCCACUGCAAUACGUGAACUGGAGGCCCAACCAGCCAGAUAACUACUUCAACUCGGGGGAGGACUGUGUGGUGAUGAUCUGGCACGAGCAGGGCCAGUGGAACGACGUGCCCUGCAACUACCACCUGCCGUUCACCUGCAAGAAAGGCCCAGUCUUAUGUGGCUCACCGCCAGAGGUGGAGAACGCCAGCAAGUAUGGGGAUAAGAAGGAGUACUACCCGGUCAAAUCCAUCGUCCGCUACCAGUGCAACGCAGGCUACAGACAGCGACAUACCCCAGUGGUACAUUGCAAGCCGGAUGGACAGUGGGAGAAACCGCAGGUUCAAUGUACUGCCGUGAAGGGAAAGCCAACACUACAGCGGAGAACCACCAGGGCCAGAGAAGAAUCAUCCAUCAACGAGCUUCUCUAAGAAGGCAAUACAAUCAUUUAUUAGCUGUAUUAAAUUAACAUCUAGCGAAAACCAAAUUCCUUAACUAAAAAUGUAAAUAUCCAGACGGAAAAAAUAGAUAAUGGAUUAAACAAGAGUAUAUUUUAUAAUUGUAUUGGUAAUUGUAUUUGUCAAUUCCUCAUCUGCCCCGUCAUUUAUACAACUUGUCCUGAUAUAUGAUGAUCUUUUCUAGUGAAGAGUUUCCAGUUGUCUCGACAUCCUGAGUCAUUCCUAUAGGCUACGUCUUCAACUUUUGUGAGCAAUGUGUUCACAGGGAAUGACUAGCUCACUGUCUGUCUGGUCCAUAUCCUGGCCAAACAUACAAAGCCCUUCAGAGGUCAAUAUUCCACAUACCUGACUUCUGGCUCUGCUCGGAAUUUAAACUGAAUUAUGGCACUUUAGCAUGAGACAUGAUGGAAAUGGUUUGUAUUUUGAAAGAUGAUUCAAUGAUGAUUCAAUUUUAAAAGAUUCUCUUUCAGCAAGCAAUGCACCAUGAUUUCAAUGACACAUAUAUACAACAAGCAGUGUCAUUUACAAAAGUAAUCUGCUGAAAAUCAGAUUUUGUCAUUUAAUAUUUCUUGUUUCCGAUCAGUUUAUAUAUUAAGCGGCCUAAAGUUAUCUAAACAUCGAAUAGAGAAAUAAAAUGGGCAUUGUAAUCUGGUUGUUUUCAAAACUCAAAGUAGGGUGACGUCUCCGCUAAUCGGAAACCAUUUAUUUAUUGAUCACAGUGAUCGUGUCUCUGCUUAACCCACCCAUUAGCCAUUGCCCUGCACUGCACUGGACUGAGCCAACCGCCCUCAUUCCCAUACUACACUUUGACACCCUUAUUUGUAUUGACACACAAAAUACAAAGAAUAUUUUAACAUUUCUAUUUUCGGUAAAAGUUAGAAUUGAUUGUAACAGGUUGCCAUAGUUUCUCUGUGUUCAGUAAGUUGCCGUCUUCUUCCGCAGAACUGUGCAGAGCACGUGUCCUGAGUGUAUAAUAAUAAUAAUAAUAAUAAUAAUAACUGUAAUUUAAUAAGUUAAUAAUAAUGAUAAUAAUUGCUGUUAUUCCAUUAUUGUGCUCUGCAUGUAAUGUUUCUAACCUGACCUCAGUGGAUCCAGACUAUUCCAAGACACGGUGUGUCAAAUUUGUCCUACAAAUGCUUAUCUGCUUGUAUAUUGUGUCUACUGUGUGUUAACUUUAUAUGGGAGGCUGAGCCUCUUCAAUCAAUCCUGACUUAAUUGUAUGCGCUCUUUGAUAAACAACACCAGCACCUAAUAACAUCAUUGGAAGAUACCUGAAAGUGUAUGUACUGUUUGUCAACUAGGCGCUGUGGCACUUAUUUAAUUUUGUUUUCUAGUUUAAUUAUUAAUAUACUCUAUAUUUAAAUUCUGUUGCAAAGAGGGAAAUUUUAAUUGGUGUGGUGUUGGUGUGAGAAGAAUGUCUACAUUAAAUAAAAUGUUUAAAAUAUA